AUGUCUGAUAAGAACAAAUCACCAACACCACUUCAUAUAAAAAUCAAAUCCGAUGUGUUUACCAACGACGGCACCAGUCUCAUUCAAAAAUUGCUCCAAGAGACAUUUAUUUAUCCUUAUUUUAUAAAAUAUUUCAAAACAGGCAUCGUUUUAAAACAAUGUUUGUUAAUACUUGUGUUGUUAUUAUUUGGGAUCUAUCUUUUUUCACCAAGCAAAGAUGGUACAAUUCCACCCGAUAUAACUCCACAACCACAAGAUUCUGACUCAUUAGCAAACGUUAUUCCUACUGAUGGUGAUGGAGAGGCUACUGCAGUAUUGCUAAAUUGGUCCAGAUUGGAAAACUUGAAAAUAAUAGUAAAACAUUUGUGUAAAUAUUCAAUUUUCAAAGAAAUAAUGAUAUGGAAUAAUAAUGGUGAUGUACACCUUUCUGAUUCAAUGUUUACAGAUACACAUUGCGGUAAACUAAGAUAUUAUAAUUCACCUGGGAAUAUGCAUUUCAUUGCUAGAUAUAUGGCAUGUGCAAUGGCAACAACACCUUAUUGUUACUUUCAGGAUGAUGAUUGGAUAAUUCAACAUAUACGCUCCAUGUAUGCUAAUUUUUUACGCUUUCCGCAUUUAGUACAUACAGAUACAAAUGCAGAUGUUUACUCUCUAACAAAUUGGAAAUGGUGCUUUUUUGAUGAUAAUGUUGAUUUACAUGCGUGUUUUUCAUGGGUUGGAACUGGGGCAUUUGCGUCAAGAAAAAAUGUGGUGAAAUUUUUAAAGUUAGCAUCAAUCACAGAAAUGGAUCCUAAAGAAUUUGCAUAUGGUGAUAUGUAUUUUACAACCUUUAUGAACCAAGUAACUUAUCAACUGGAAAACGAGCUAAAAGAGUUGCCACAAGAGAAUGCUUUCAGUGGUGGGGAAGGAGGAAGGAUACGCAAUAAAAUUUAUAUGCACAAAGCUUUAGUGCGUCUAUACGAUCAUCUUAGUCGUAAAUCAGAAAUUUUUGAGACAAAUGAAUUAAAUCCAAAAAUGAAAGAACGAGAUGUACGUUCACCAUGUGCAAAUGAUCGGUGUUUAUUCCUCACAAAUAAAAAUUCAUUCCCGGAUGUAAGAUUAUUUAGAUAUAGACCAUACGUAAACAUUAGUGAAUCAGAAAGAAUUCAUGAAAGUUAUUUUAGCACAGAACAUUUUAAAAGAUUUCCUUAUUCACAUGCUGUGGAUGAUAAGGAGUGGACUGCGUGGAAAUCACAAGAUGUGAUUCGUAAAGGUGAUUAUGUUGGUUUAGAUUUAUUAUUGCCCAUGCCAGUACCACUCACCUUUGAACUUAUAGUUGAUCAUCACAAAAGUUAUUUUUUAUCGUUGACUAUACAAAUAUCUUUCAACGGAAUUGAUUGGUUUCCAUUGAUACCUUUGCCCAAAUUUUCAAUCCAUGAAACUCCACAAACAGGUGAAGAUGGCAAAACACAUUUAUUAUUUUGUACAUUUAGAAUCCGUGAAACAGGUUUUCGAUUUGUUAAAUUGGUCAGCUCAAAAGAUUACGAUUUUCCUUUUCGAAUAUAUAAAUUUUCAUUUCAUGGUCGUAUGGAAAAUCUUGAUAUUAACAAUAAUUUAUAA